GCUAGCAUUUAAGAAAGUGAUUUAAUGUCCAUAAAUAGGUUUCAUUUGAGUUACUCGUCCACUUCCUUAACAUCGAAUAUUGUUGUCGCUGGACUUUCAUUCCCCACAGCGCUGUAAAGUGAACACCAUCACCCACCAGCAAUGCCUAAGGCUAAGGUUCAUGUUUCCCUCCUUCGCCUAAUCCUCUCUCGUCUGGUCUUCUCAACACUGUUCAUCAUCCACCACUCCCUAGCUGACGUUGGCACUGCAGCCAAAUAUGGCCCUCCCUUUCUGCCCACAGCGUGUUUCGGUAGAGACGCAUCGCAGUUCCCCUCGAGUAACAUGUUCGCUGCGGCAGGGGAAGCUAUAUGGGACAACGGUGCCGCGUGUGGGAGGCAGUAUCAGCUGCGCUGCAUCAGCGCCGUCGCUCCUGGAACUUGCACUCCUGCCCAGACGAUUCAGAUCAAGAUUGUGGAUCGAGCGCAAUCAACGGUUUCCAGGCCUUCCCUAGGGGGAACUACCAUGGUCCUCUCCACCACUGCCUUCCAGGCCAUCGCAAAUGUUUCUGCGUCCUUCGUUAACGUAGAAUACCAGCAGGUUUGAAAAUGGGAAGCAGCUCUUGGAUUUGGAUGGCAUUAUGCAAAGGGAAUGAGAAGCCAGGCAAAGUAGUUGCUCCCAAAAUUAGUGUCUAUAAUGAUUGCCUUUUGUUCUUAAGUAUAUGAUCAAAUGCCAAGUUUUUUAAAAAAUAAAGUUAAGCCGGUUAAAUUUA